AUGCGGUUCAGAGGUUUCGUUUCUAAGCAAUCGUCUCGAUUGGGAUCUCUUGAAGGAUUUCUCAAUGUUCUACGUGCAGUUCUCCACGCAGAUGAGGUGCCUAGCCUUAAUGCAGGGGCAAUUUGGCCCUCAGGAGGUCAUCAGAGCAUCGAAGUCGACUCUGUGGCGUUUGAGGUUUCACGGAGGGCCAUGCCUUCCUUCUGGAUCCGGGGCUGCACCAGCUUGCAUGCCGACGAGGAAGGAGAAGGAUGUCAUCCUUCUGAUCCCUUGUGGUCAUUUGAGAGCUUGUUCUACUCUGGGCAUCGGCAUUGGCCGUUCCUCAACCUAUCGAUGGCUGAUGGCACGGAUGGUGCCAUAUUAGCAAUCUAUACUAUGAUGGAGGUAGAUGUUGGCAAUACAGCAAUCAUGCAGUUUCUACGAAUUCUCACACCACAGAAUGCUCAGAUGUCUCGGGAAUCCUCUGUCACUUUGACAGGAUGUGCCAUGGAACUCCGAGCUCGCCACUCAGCAUCAAGGGGCAGAUUCUGUAACGGUCUGGGCCAGGAUUACCGCACUCCGCUCGUUUUCGAGCCUGAGAAGAUGAAGGUCAGUGCUGAUGUUUACCGGAAAAGCAUCCUGGAAGACUGCCUGGUUCUGUGA